CUCAGGGUAUUUGAACAGUUUAACCCAAAAGAUGGAUAUCAGAACAAACCAUACAAUUUAUAUCAACAAUAUGAAUGACAAAAUUAAAAAAGAAGAACUGAAGAGAUCCCUAUAUGCCCUGUUUUCUCAAUUUGGGCAUGUGGUAGAUAUUGUGCCUUUAAAGAUCAUGAAGAUGCCCCCAGGUCAAGCCUUUGUUAUAUUUAAAGAACUGGGUUCAUCCACAAAUGACUUGAGACAGUUACAAGGAUUUCUACUUUAUGGUAAACCAAUGCUAAUCCAGUAUGCAAAAACAGAUUCUGAUAUAAUAUCUAAAAUAAGUGGCACCUUUGCUGACAAAGAAAAGAAAAAAGCCAAAAUUGUGGAACAGGCAGCAAUUACUGCUAAUAAGAAACCAGGUCAGGGAGCACCAAAUUCAGCUAAUACCCAAGUAAAUGUAACGUCAAAUCCUCAGGUUCCUGAGUACCCUCCAAACUAUAUUUUAUUCCUUAAUAAUUUACCAGAAGAGACUAAUGAGAUGAUGUUAUCCAUGUUGUUUAAUCAGUCCCCUGGUUUCAAGGAAGUACGUUUGGUACCUGGGAGGCAUGACAUUGCAUUUGUUGAAUUUGAAAAUGAUGGGCAGGCUGGAGCCGCCAGGGAUGCUUUACAAAGAUUUAAGAUCACGCCGUCCCAUGCCAUGAAGAUUACCUAUGCCAAGAAAUAACACUUGGGAUAGUUGUCUU